UCACGGUUUAUUGUGUCCCAGUCAGCGUGGAUUCUGGGUAGGCAGCACUGUAGGAUCAAUGAUCAAGAAACUAAUGGCAAAACAUCAACGGCCAGUUCGAAUGACUUCAGUGAUCCUGUUUACAAAGAAAUUGCUAUAACUAAUGGUUAUAUCAACAGGAUGACCAGAGAAGAGCUCAGAAGUAAGCUUGCCGAGUUCAAGCUCGAAACCAGAGGAGUGAAAGAUGUACUGAAAAAGAGACUGAAAAACUAUUAUAAGAAACAGAAGCUGAUGCAGAAGGAACAGAUUAGUGGACAGAGCUGUUAUGACUACAUCUGUGUCGUUGACUUUGAAGCAACAUGUGAAGAAGGAAACCCACCUGAAUUUGUACAUGAAAUAAUUGAGUUUCCUGUUGUCUUAGUAAACACACAUACCCUGGAAAUAGAGGAUAGCUUUCAGCAGUACGUGAAGCCAGAGAUUAAUCCCAAGCUUUCAAACUUCUGCAUCAAUCUGACUGGAAUAACCCAGGACGUUGUUGAUAAAGCUGAUACUUUUCCUCAAGUUCUGCAGAAUGUCGUGGAGUGGAUGAGACAGCGAGAGCUGGGAACAAAGUAUAGCUACUCCAUGUUGACAGACGGAUCUUGGGAUAUGAGUAAAUUUUUGAACAUCCAGUGCCGUGUUAGCCGUAUCAAAUACCCUUCUUUUGCCAAAAAGUGGAUCAAUAUUCGCAAAUCAUAUGGGAACUUCUAUAAGGUUCCUAGGAACCAGACCAAGCUGACAAUCAUGCUUGAAAAGCUGGGCAUGAAUUACGAUGGGAGACCUCACAGUGGACUUGAUGACUCUAAAAACAUUGCAAGGAUAGCUAUAAGGAUGCUGCAGGAUGGCUGUGACCUGCGGGUGAAUGAGAGAAUUCAUGGUGGACAGCUUAUGACAGUCUCCUCCUCAGCCCCCUUAGAGGGAGCCCCUGCUCCACAGAUGCCCCGCUACAGAAAUUAGCAGUUCAGCAGUUCUGCCUCAGGAACUGCCCUCAGAUGCCCUCUCAAGACUGUGUAGAGUUUAUUAAACAGCCACCUUUGCCAGCUUGUCUGCCAUGCAGAAUUCUAAAGCACCUUAACUAAUCAUCUCCGUUGAAAUAAAGAGGAGCGUGGAGCUCUUUGAAGCCUGUUACAGCAAUUUUUUUUUAUACUGAUGAUUUUUAUUUUUUCAAACUUUGCUAGAACCAAGGUUGAUAUGCAGAAUCCCUAAGCUUUUGAGAGCAUGUAAUUUAAACACCUGCAAAGAUGGAUUGCUGCCGUUCCACCCCAGCCUGUGGGUCGUAUUUAUUCACUGUGCUGUACUCUAAUCAUAUCUAGCAUCUGCUUAUUCAUUGCACACAAAUAAGCCAUUGCUGGAAGAACUGAAAUAGCAAGUGGUCGGGCUGGCCUUUCCUGAUAAGGCACUCUUCCAGGAGUUCUUGCCAAUUUUUUUUGUUUUUUACAAAGUCUGGGAGAAAUGGGAGCAUGCUCAUCAACUCUAAAGCAGUAGAGAAGUACUCUGGUGUUCAGGGCUUUUCUUUAAGGGAUAUGUUUGUCUCCUUCCCCAUCAAAUAGAAGAGCUGUGUAUUGAAUAAAAAUUUUGUUAAUGCAAUAUGAUAGUACUUUUUUUUAACCUGUAUUUCAAAAGAGAAGGUUCUUCAGAUUUUCACUUUGAGGAACACAUCUGUUCCUGCUAUACUCGUAGCUGCCCUUCAUUUAAUGUCACUUUUAGACAAUGUCAGCCAUUUGGGCUUAAACAUGAGUGAAGUAAAAGUAAGUUCAAAACAUUCCAGAUCAUCAGAAUUUCAUGCUCUGUGAUUAUUACAUAAAACAGGAAGCUUCUGGUUCAUAGCUAAAAACAUCCUCAACUAUUUUUGGUAUCUUCUUGUGCUUCUGCCACCUCUAUCUCAAGAUCUAACGUUGGAAGAUUAAUAUAAUUUUAUUAGUAAAGGCCACAGCUAAUUACUAACAACUUCUGCUUACUUCCCAGACCUCAGAUAGGAUGAUAUUAAAAAGAGGCCAAAGUGUUAAUUUGUUUUGUCUCCAUGGGCUGUUACAAAGUUACAACAUUAAUGUGAUCAGCUUUGCAUUAGAAUGGCUUGCUCUAAAAAGCAGAAUGAUGCAUUUUGGUUGCUCUUAGUCAAAAAAAAAAAAGUUAGUUUGCUAUCCCUGUAUUACAAUUCAUUCUUUC